UUCAUGUGGCUUCUUUGAAUCUUUGGUUUAUUUGAAAUCAGUGCUUUGACAACGUUAGCCAUGCAUUUCCGAACUGCUUUACGUUUUUGGGUGUUCUGUUUAGUGCCUGGGAGUCUUUUAGCUAUAUCGAAUAAACACGCAUCCAAGGAAUUAGCAGAAGCAAUUCUGGAUAUUUCUAAUAGAGCGAUUCAUGGUCGGCAAAAUAGACAAUACUACUCAGAAAUUGAAAAGCUUCCAUCAUAUUACCAAAGUUACGACGCCUAUCAACAUAGAUAUGGCUCACGGCCCAGUUUUUACCCAGAUUACAUCAGCAACCAAAUACCUGGAUCUGAGUACCAAAACCCGAGACCCUCAUACGCUCAGUACUCAAGUUUUCCUUACCGGAAACCUCCGAUUAUCGAGAAAACCAAAGAAUCCGUAAUGGACGCUCUAUUUUCCAUUGCUCAAAACGACGAUUUACAGUGCGUGCCAAAACUACUAUGCGAACUUACUUCUGGAGGCCUAACUGGGAGGCAGGGCGGGCUGAACUUACCAGUCAAUUUAAACUCAGAAUCCUUAACCACAUUGCUUUCUGGGUUCAGCAGUGCCCAAAUGUCACCAGUGCUGCAUUUUGGAAAAGCGGCAGUUUUAGGAUUUGCCUCCAAAGGCAAUCCCCGAUCCUGUCAAACUGCGUAUCCAGAAUGCCCCAGUGACGCAGAUAAGUUGAUUCAGUACCUCAACAAUCAUAACGGAGGAUUUUUCCGGUUCUUCCAAGGAUUGAACCCGACAGGCCAGAACGUGUACCAACAAAACUACGCUCAACAAUUGAGUGGGUACAGGCCCGGCUAUUUUGGGAAAGCUUUGGCUGAAAAGAGGAUUCAAAAUCGACCAUCUGAGUACCUCAGCAAUGAUAUUAACAGAGAGGUGUUUGUAAAAAAACACAAGGGACUCAGCUUUCCAGAACUUUCCCAUUCGGCAGUUUUCGAGCCACAUGGAAUAUCAUUUCCUUCUCAUUCGUACAAUGCAGAACAAGUUGGUGAGCAAAGUUUCAAGUUCCCAUCAGACCCAUACAGGCGAGGGAAAACGCUUCACUUUAGUACUGAUGACGAAAAUGUACUGGACAUUCAACGACCGUUACCAAACCACGUUCCUUCACCAAAUAUAUUUCCCGAUCGAACAGGAACGGGGGAACUAAAAUUGGACUUAGACGAUGAGGAGCAAAAUUAUCAACAGUCAUUGGCUUAUGACUUUGACCAGUACAAUCAGCUGUUGUAUAACAGUUUUCCUAAUGACGAGGUGCGCAGACCGAGCCGACUACAUUUUCCGAGUAAAUAG